GGGACUGAGGAAAGAAACAGGAGAUGAGGGAAACAGAAGAGCCUCCUGUUCCCAGAAGAUCCCAGAAUCUGAGGCCUCCUGAGGGAAGGUGGGUACCCUGGGUGGGCAGAAAGCCUCUGAGCUGCCCCUUGUCCCAGCAGUGGCUGUGCAGCAGAGCAGGCGCCUGGAGCUGGGGAGGUGAGGGCUGCCCUGUGAGCUGAGCAGGAACAGCCCCUUCCCAGCACCGGCAUCCCUGGGGUCCUCCCUGGGGAGAUGCUGAUGCUGCCUUUGGCUGAGGCAGCCACAGGGCUGGCUGCUGCAGGAGGGAAAAGCCCAGAAGGAGCCUUGCAGGCACAGCAAGGACAGAGCUCUGCUCUUCUUCCUUUGCUCCCCCAGCAGAGUGGUUUCCUGCAGCUCUGUCAUCUCGGGGCUGGGAGCUGCUUUGCGCACUCUCUCACACAGCAAACAGGCAGCUUGGUCUCAGCAUGCACCUGGGAUCCCUCGUCCUCACUGUCCUUCUGGGGACACUGCUGGGCACCAUGGGGCAGGUCACCGUCACCCAGCCACAAAGAGAAGUCACACUGCAGCAGGGGGACUCCUUCAAAACUACCUGCACAUACCAGAGCUCUGGCUUCGAUGUCUUGCUCUGGUACCAGCAGAAGAAAGGCCAAGCUCCCCAGCUGCUCUCGUAUCAAGCAAGAUCUGACCAGAAGGUCACUGGCCGUUUCAGGACUGUGCUGAACACCACGGGGAAAUACAGCCUCCUGCAGCUGGAGGAAGUCGAGGUCUCUGACAGUGCCUUGUACCUCUGUGCUGAAACGCUGUGUGACACUGGUGCUGGCUAUGGCAAGCUGACGUUUGGCUCCGGGACCAGACUGUCCAUCCAGCCCAAUGUUACUCCAUCUCCUUCAGCCUACAGGCUGGUCUCUGAAGAUGAUGAGGAAUUGGAAAUGUGCCUUAUCACAGAUUACGCUCCUGGAGAGAUUGUCUUUGACUCAGAUAAGCAGACAAAUGCUAUUGUGGAGGUGACAACACCAGACAAUGAGCAAGAAGCAAGCUAUCUAUCAACCUACUGGGCCAAGAAAGAUGAAAUGCAAUGUAGUGCAAGUCUCACAAGCUUUGAAAAGCUGCAAGGCGAGGAUCCUGAAAGUGGUGCCAGCCUUGUCUGUAUUACAGGGAUGUCUCUACACUUCAGGACAGAUGAAAACCUGAACAUGCUGUCAUUAUCACAGCUGUGCCUGAAAAUCAUUUUAAUGAAAGUAAUAAUUUUUAAUGUGGUGAUGACAAUGCUCAUGUGGAAAAAAAAAAAUGAAAGUUACCAGAUGCUGCAGUCUUGAAGUGCCAAAAAAAUCUGCUGAGGACUCUUUAGCAGAGCAUCAUGUGCAAGAGGGAACACAGGCAUUCCUGCUGCAAGGGAUAUCACUUGCUCUUUCUGUGUUUUAUGCCAGCAGUUAGUCUGAAUUGCUUUAUUUGCAUUGUUACAUAGAUACUUAAAAAUACACUUAAAACUUUCAUGGUUCUUCCAACCUAUACGCCUGAUUCAUUUAGCAUGACAGUGCCUGUUUUUUUGCACGAGCCAUACUUUGCUACAAAUUGCCAAACGCCACUAUUGCUUGCAUUAAAAUGACACACAAUUUCUGCUUGAGGCAGUGUUGUUUGUUGAAACCCGCAAGUGAAAUAUCAGUGUGAUUUGUUCAUAUUUGGAAGCUUUUAGGUAUGCACAUCUCGGUGUCUGUGGGAGGGCAUUCUAUUUCCCUGAUGAACUUACUCAGGGUGCUGGGCAUCAUGUCUUGCUACCUUUUGCUAAAUCAGAGCAAGCUAUCUCUUCUUUUUUUCCCUUCUAAAAGAAGUCCUGAAUUCAGCGACCUUCUCAUUAACACAGAAGAAAGUCUUCCAGUAUUUUUAUUAAAGUCAGUCUGGCCUUAACAUUUUCUGAGUUUAAACCAGCUUAAGAUUUGGCUUUGCAAUUAGUCAAAAUACAAAUCACUUCUUUUUGCUCAGUUCUAACAAUGUUAGAUCUCCCAAUUUCUUUUUAAAAUCAGUGCAUAAAAUAAUACUGAAAUAUUCCCCUGUCCCCGUGUGUGCUACUUGCACCUGACACUUGCAUGCUGCUAACUCUUGAAUGGGACUGGCAACAACACUGAUAUCUUGGCAUUUCUUUGGGUCUUUGGCCACUAUUAAACAAUGAUUCCUGAUAAAAAA